AUGGCUUCUCAAUUCUUCCAGCAAGUAGCCUUUUUCCUAGUCGUAGCAGCAUGUGCAGCUGGCCAGAAAGCUAGCAUCAUGCCUGAGGAUCUCCAGGUGGGGUUCAGCUCAGACAAAGUACAAGUCAGCUUCACCGAUGAAGCCAUCAAUGGCUUCAAAGACGGAACGGUUUUCACAGCGCAAGCUGAAGAGCCUACGUUCGCUCUUGGCGAUAGCAACGGGAUCUCUCCAACAACUUUGUAUACCAUUAUCCUGGUAGACACGACAUGCGAUGACGCCCGCAUCCUCCUCUUUGCCCAGUCCAACUUCAAGAACAACUUCGACAUCACCAACAUUGCAAGCGAAACUGAGCCUGCCCUACCUUACAUCGCCCCCGGUACUCUCGGCGAAACAGGCGACGGUCGUCAAUACAGUUUCAUGAUGUUUGAGCAGCCGGGCAGAGAAGAAAUUACAGAGUUGCAGCUGCCUGCAGAAGGGGAGGCUUUCGAUGCCCAGGCAUUCCAGACUGAAAACGAACUACCUGAUGCGAUGGCAGGCGUUGCUAUGAUUGUGAAUCUUGGGGGCGAGGUAGAUUGUGAAGCGAUCCCGGCGGCAUUGAAUGCCACGGCCGAAGCUGGAGCACUUAACUCGACUCUCAUUGCAAAUGGCACUGAAGUGGCAAACACGACUGCCGUUCCAGCCGCCAUAGAGUCUGUAGCCGUAGCAGAAGCAGAGGCUCAAGCAGAGGCUCAAGCAGAGGCUCAAGCGGAGGCUCAAGUGGAGGCUCAAGUGGAAGCUCAAGCGGAAGCUCAAGCAGCAGCUCAGGCAGAAGCUCAAGCAGAGGCUCAAGCGGAAGCGGAAGCGCAAAACGCAGAGCCAUCCAUUAUCGAUUUGGCAGACAUUUUAUUGGCUAAUGGAGGACUGCGCGGAAUCAAUCUCUUAUCACAGAGCCGUAUACCCGUCGAAAAGAAGGACACCGGUCAUGUUCAUGCUCGUCAUGGCGAUGAGCAUGAAGGUGACCAUGACCACAAAAGUGCUGCUACGGGCAAUCUGCAAGUUCAAAACUGGACGAUGGCUUCGCUGAUAGUGGUAGUUGGUCUAUUAAUGUGGUAG